AUGAGCUGUCGAGCCGCUCCGCAGUUCUUCCCGGCCUUCCAUCCCCCGGUGCCCAUCGACGACAGACACGCCCAGGGCCGGUACAUCUACGAGCCGUCCCCCGUGGCCCCUCUCCACGUGCCUCCAUCGCUGGCGGGGAGUCCGGCCUUCUCCGACAUCUCCCUCAUCCGGAUCUCGCCCCAGCGGAACCCGUCGGUGGGGGCGGAGUCUCCCUUCCACCCUCCGCACCCCUACAUCCACCCGUACAUGGACUACAUCCGCUCUCUGCACUCCAGCCCCUCCAUCAACAUGCUGUCCAGGGGCCUCACUCCGGCAGAUGGUGAAUAA